UAGUCUUCCCUGCCAAAAUUUGUUAUUGUUCCUUGGAAGAUAAGGAUGAAGACGUCUUUACCAAGUGCUCCGUCGACGAGACAAUCCCCUUGUGUUGGAAUUGCUUGCCCCUUUUCCUUGAAUCCUUCACGGAUCGCAACCUCUUGGUAAUCACAUCAUUAAUUUACACUCGGGAAACUAUCAACGACCCGAUCGUGAGAAUGUGUAUCGAUUUGGGGAUCUGACGAAGACCUAAUUGGCACGGUCGAUCUUGAGGAAGAUCCAACAGAUCUUCUUGAUUACUUCUGUUUUCUCUCGGUUUUGUUGAUGGAUGGAGUCAUCAGGGCCUCAAUUUUAGGGCCGUCACCCCCCCUCCCCCGGUUGUGCUUUCUGCGCAACUUCUUGAUCGAUUAGCGGGCGGGGGAGACGGUUCCUGCGGGAAUACCUUGCGGGGGAGCCUGAUCGCAAUUUGGGUUCGGGUAGUGGCGGUCAGAUCAAUUUGCUGUUUCUUGACCCCUUUUUGGCACCUGACUUAGCAAAUUACUAGGUUCCUUUUCGAUCUCUUUCUUGAUCCAGCUGCCGCAAGUUGCCCUCCGAUCCACCAGCCCUCUGACAGCAGGAGAUCUGAACGGGCUCCGGCUCAAGAACUCUUGCAGGACUCCGAAUUGGUUAGAUCCAGAUGAUCGCACUAUUUUACUAAUUAAUAUAGGUUAUCGAGGUUGUAGUUUCCAGGAGCAUAGCAGUAGCAGUGGAUGCAGGUUUGAACUUUGUGUAGCUUCUUUGUGUAUUAAUGGGAGCAGAAUGCAUAGGAUCCCAGAUUAAAGAUGACCUUGAUGGAAUACCUCCUGUGCCACCGGGUUUUGCCCCAAUUACAUUGUUCAACUUGCAGAAAGUUCACAGUGAUCUUAAGGCUCCUGCAAAUGCUUCUGAUAUGAUAGAAUGCAUUGUAAGAGUUGAUAAUUCAAGAAACACACUGGAGAAUGUGCAGGAUGAUGUUAAAGAUAUUAUAAAUCCCUCUGAUCCAGUACAAUGCACGAUAAGAGAUGAGAAAUCAAGGAAGUCGCUUCGACACAGGCCCUCUGUGAACUACCGCCAGUUUGAUAAUAGCUCAGAUGAAGAGUCUGACUAUGAGCCUUUUGAGCGGGCUGUGCCUUCAGUUCGUUGUUUACCCAAAGGAGUUUUUCGAGGAUGCAGCGAAUGUGAAAAUUGUCAGAAGGUUACAGCAAGAUGGCGUCCGCAAGAUGCUUGUAGGCCUGUCCUCGAUGAAGCUCCUGUAUUUUAUCCAACUGAAGAGGAGUUUAAAGAUACCCUCAAAUAUAUUGCAAGCAUACGCCCAAGUGCAGAACCUUAUGGAAUUUGUCGAAUUGUUCCACCCUCUUCUUGGAGACCCACCUGCCUUCUUAAGGAGAAGGAUGUAUGGGAAAAUUCAAAAUUUGCUACUAGAAUCCAACAGGUGAAUAAGCUUCAAAAUCGUGAUUCUUUGAAGAAGAGUGGUAAAAAUCAUAGCAUUAUGAGGAGGAAAAGGAGAAAAAUUUUUAAAGCAGGGGAUAAAAAUGAUGAGAAUAAGGUAGAAGCUGAUUAUUAUGGAUACUUUAAUGGCACUGAGAGGUUUGGAUUUGUACCUGGCCCAGACUUCACUCUAGAGUCAUUUCAGAAGUACGCAGAUGAUUUCAAGAAGCAGUUUUUCUCCAGAAAUCCAGAUUUUGUCCUGGGGCCUUGCCAACAAGAACCAUCUGUGGAAGAUAUUGAAGGCGAAUAUUGGCGGAUAGUAGAGAGACCAACUGAAGAGAUUGAGGUGCUUUAUGGUGCUGAUGUGGACACUGGAGUUUUUGGUAGCGGUUUUCCUAGAUCAUCAUCCUCUGUAAAGAUCUCUGAAUUAGAGGAUCAGUAUAUGAAUUCUGGUUGGAAUUUGAACAACUUUCCUCGGCUUCCAGGCUCUGUGCUUUCCUUUGAAAGUGGCGAUAUCUCUGGUGUUCUGGUGCCAUGGUUGUAUGUAGGAAUGUGUUUUUCCUCCUUUUGUUGGCAUGUGGAAGAUCAUCAUCUAUACUCAUUAAAUUAUAUGCACUGGGGUGCGCCAAAGAUUUGGUACGGAGUCCCAGGAAAAUAUGCCUCAAAAUUGGAGGAAGCUAUGAAGAAGCAUCUACCAGAAUUAUUUGAAGAACAACCAGACUUGCUUCACAAUCUUGUAACACAAUGCUCACCUUCAUUGCUAGGAUUGGAAGGUGUACCUGUCUACCGCUGUGUUCAGAAUGCUGGAGAGUUUGUUCUCACUUUCCCUCGGGCAUAUCAUUCAGGAUUCAAUUCUGGAUUCAAUUGUGCAGAGGCUGUAAAUGUGGCUCCUGUUGAUUGGUUGCCUCAUGGUCAGCAUGCUGUAGAGCUUUAUCGUGAACAGGGACGUAAAAUAUCAAUAUCCCAUGACAAAUUAUUGCUAGGAGCUGCAAGAGAAGCUGCUAGAGCUCAGUGGAAUAUCUUAUUCCUGAGGAAAAACACCUCAGAUAAUUUAAGAUGGAAAAAUUUCUGUGGUUCUGAAGGCAUACUGGCAAAGGCACUUAAGGAACGGAUUGAAUUGGAACGUGUAAGAAGAGAAUUUCUUUGUUCAUCUCAGUCAGGAAAAAUGGACUCUAGCUUUGAUGCUAACAGUGAAAGGGAAUGUGUUAUUUGCCACUAUGAUUUACAUCUUUCUGCUGCUAAAUGUCAGUGUUCGCCUGACAAAUUUGCUUGUCUGAUUCAUGCAAAACAGCUUUGCUCAUGUGCUUGGACCAUGAGGUUAUUUUUAUUCCGUUAUGAGAUUAGUGAAUUGAAUGUCUUGCUAGAUGCCUUAGGAGGAAGGUUGAGUGCAGUCCAUAGAUGGGGCCUUUUUGAUCUUGGGUUAAGUUUGAGUUCUCAUGUUACUAAAGAGAAAGCACAGGAGUCCAAGCAGGUCUUUGUGACUAAUAAAGAAGGAAGAACAAACAAGGACAGUGUACUGGCAGACCAAAAAAUUACAACUGGUGAUGCAAAGCACAGUUUGUCCAAAGAAUCUGGUGUGUCAAAUCUACAACAGUUGGAAGAACCGAAGGAAAGAAAUAGAAGAACAAAUAAUGCAGCUAAUUUAGCAUGCACAAAUGAUGACGAUUGUUCCCUACUGCAAACUAAAUCCACAAAUCUGUCUGUUACAUCAGAUCCUUGUUUUACAGUUGGUGGUCUACAUUACAGAUCAGGGUAUAGGAGUGCAAAUGCAAUGACGGCAGCCUCUUCAGAUCCUCAUUGUUCUAUGGAUGGCACUUUGAAGACAACUUUGUUGCAAACCAAUUCUAAUGGAUUGGUUGAGAUAAAGUACAUAAGUGAUGCUAAACUUGCCAACACUGAGCCACAAACCAUUCCACCAUCUGGUGAAAGGAACAUUAUUUCACUAGGUGAUGUUGUUGCUAAAGAUGCAAACAAAUUGCUUUCAGAUAAAAUGAGGGAAGAGCAGUCCGUUAAAUGCUCUGAAACAGUGUCCAGGUUGAUGAAUUGCGAAGACAAGGCGACAUCUUGCAGUCCUCACAAGGAUCAAGAUCUUGUAACGCCACAAACUAAUGCAUCCUUGAUGAGUGAAAAAGAGAUUGAUAAGCAGCCUCUGGUGCAGGUAUCUAGUGAUAGUUUAAACUCUACAUUUCUAGAUUUCAAGGACCAGAAAGAAGCAACUCUUGAAAAUGUCUCCAAACUGCCAGACCAAUGGUUGUAUAGAUUCUCUCCUGAAAAAACAGUUGAAUGCGCUAAAUCUGCCAGUUCAUCCAUUGCAAGACCAAAGACAGAUCUUUUUUCUGUAAAAGAAACAUGUGAUGGUGAUGUUACAAAAGUUUAUCUUCAAAAUCCCCAAUCUGCAAGUGGCAAACAAAAUUCUGAAAGCAAACAAGGGAAAGUUGAAUCAAAUCCUGAGUGUAAUUUGGUGGUUAGAGGAAAUCUAGUUACUACCAGUCAAUCUUAUCCACAGAACUGUCCUGACAGAUACAACCGUCAACAGAAGGGCCCUCGCAUCGCCAAGGUGGUGCGAAGAGUUAAUUGCAAUGUUGAGGCUUUAGAAUAUGGUGUUGUGCUUUCUGGAAAAUUAUGGUCCACUAGCCAAGCCAUAUUCCCAAAAGGAUUUAGAAGUCGGGUUCGAUACUUGAGUGUCCUAGAUCCAACACAAAUGUGCUACUACAUAUCCGAAAUUUUGGAUGCUGGACUGCUCGGGCCUCUUUUUAUGGUUGUUGUUGAGCAAUGUCCAAGCGAAGUAUUCAUCCAUGUUUCUGCCACAGAGUGUUGGAACAUGGUGAGAGAGAAGGUGAAUGAUCAAAUUAGGAAACAUCAUAGUAUGGGAAGGCCAAGCCUUCCCCCGUUACAGCCUCCAGGAUCCCUUGAUGGUUUCGAAAUGUUUGGUUUAUCAUCACCGAUGAUCAUUCAGGUGAUCGAGGCGCUAGAUCGAAAUUUUGUCUGCACAGAGUACUGGAGAUCGCGACCGAAGCCUCCAGCGGCAGAUGCUCAUGUGAGUUCCACCAAGGAUCAGCAAGGAGUCGAAGAAACUCCAUGCUCCGCGGACUCCCAUCUGGCCCUUAGGGGUCUCUUCAAGAAGGCCAAUCGAGAGGAGCUGCAUGCUUUACAAACAAUGCUCAACGGCAACAGGCCAAACGACUCAAAUCAAGAACUCAUGCAGGCCCUGGAUGAGGAAAUCAAGAGCCGCUGAGGACGAUCAGAGCUUUCGACCAGUCAAGAACCCUUAGGAACGUGGAGCUUUCUUUGUGUGGCCUCGAUUUGUAAGGGCUCGACACUCACGUUUUGGUAACAGCUUGCAUGGUAGGUUGUAGAUAUCACCUCAUUCUUUUCAACACAAGAUUCCACUGCCAUUCUUCA